ACUCCUUGAUACCUCUCUACAAAAAUUCCUCCUCAUGCGAUUAUGUUUCUUUGAAAUUUCACGUUAUAUAUUUUAUUUUAAAAUAUACUUGAUAGCGUGCUGCAGAACCGUUUGGCGUAAAAGCUCAUGUCUCAUUCGAUUUUUCUAUCCUAAUUUAAUACCGGGAUAUUAGGGCUGCAAUUGCAGCAGGCGAGGUCUUCUAUUUUCAUCAUAGUUGCAGAAAUCACACCAUUAGCUUUCACACUCGCUGACUGCAGGCAAAGAAAUCAAGAAUGGCUAUCUUUGAAAGCAUUGUGAGACAGGUUGGUUUCAAGUCAUUGGCGUGCCGUGCAUUUCCACAGCAUUUACCUGAUGUUCCUGGCAGCAAUGCUGGACCAUUGAGUCUUCUUUUCAGGAGAUGGGCUACAAAAAAGGCAGCAGGCUCUACGCAAAAUGGUCGUGAUUCUAAGCCAAAGUUCCUUGGAGUAAAGAAAUUUGGAGGCGAGAAAGUCAUACCUGGAAACAUCAUUGUUCGUCAGCGAGGCACCAGGUUUCAUCCUGGUAGCUAUGUUGGUAUGGGAAAAGACCAUACACUUUUUGCUCUUAAGCAAGGACAUGUAAAAUUUCAAAGAAACAAGCUCACUGGUCGCAAAUGGGUCCAUGUUGAACCAAUUGAUGGUCAUGUCCUUCAUCCUGUGUAUCAGAAGACACAGUCUCUACAGGAGGCAAAGCUAGCUAUUAGGUAACAUGUUAACGAAAACAUUUCAGUACGAAGUUAUUGGACUGUACAAUUGAUUGUAAGAGAUGGCUGCAAAUAGGUGAAUGUUAAGGCAAUUGACAGCCAUGUUCGUCAUCCUUUUUACAAGAAAAUGAAAUUUAUACAAAAAGGUAUAGUCAGGUGACAGCAAUGUGCAUGAUGGAUAUUUAGAUUUAGCUCGUGGUGAUAAGAGUUUUGGAAUCAAUUUCAACUUAGAGGCUUAAAAAAUGAAACUUGAUGACUAAAUAAAGUCAAAUCCUUUGAUAUGAAGCAAUAGAUUUGAUUUCAAGGUGUUGGUCCUGAACCUAAAUUUUGGCAGUUUGAAAGAAUUUAUAUCUUUGGCAUCCUCCAAGAUUAUUUGAAAAUUCAUGAUAAAUUGUUUGUUAAACUUG